CGUUGGUGCCACCUACCCUGUCGCCAUGACGAUGCCGCUCAGUCCUCUCUCCAGUGACGAAGAGCACCAAAGGAUGCUGGGAAAUAGGCAACACCUCUAUCCGGGCGCGGAGGACGAGGAAGAGGAGGAGGAGGAGGAAGAGGAGGAGGAGGACGAGGAAGACCUGGAGGACGGAGAGGAGAACGGAGAGCUGGACGGAGAGAUGGAGGAGGACGAGGAGGAGGACGUGGAGGUGUCCAUCAGACGCGGCAGCGGGCAAUACCAAGGGGGCAGGGAUGAGGGCGGGCACAGGCAAAUCGGCAACAUGGCUGGACGAGUGACCGGAGUAGGAGUAGGAGGAGUAGGAGGACCAGGAGGAGGAGGAGCAGGAGGAGCUGACAGACAGCUGCGACCCGGCGGAGGGAACCCCGGGCACGCGGCCAACCCUUAUUCGUCCAACCCAGGACAAGCCCACCAACAGGGAGCCAAUCAGCAGCAGCAGCAGCAGCAGCAGAGGCGGGUCAUCCGGGAGCGGAGUUCCUCCACGGCGCCCUCUGCUGACGACGCCCACAUCAGCAUGAUGGUGUUUCGCAUCGGCAUCCCCGACAUCAAACAGACGAAGUGUCUACGCUUCAACCCAGACGCCACGGUGUGGAAGGCCAAGCAGCAGGUGCUGUGCUCCCUGACCGAGUCGCUGCGGGACGUGCUGAACUACGGCCUGUUCCAGCCGGCCACCGACGGGCACGACGCCAAGUUCCUGGAGGAGGAGCGCCUGCUGCGCGAGUACCCACAAUCCUUUGAGAAGGGCGUUCCCUACCUGGAGUUUCGCUACAAGACCAGGGUCUACAAGCAGACGAACCUGGAUGAGAAGCAGCUGGCUAAAUUGCACACAAAGGCCAGUCUCAAGAAGUUCAUGGACUACGUCUCCAGCGGCUCAGUGGAGAAGGUAGCCAAGUUCCUGGACAAGGGUGUCGACCCCAACUACCACGACCCAGAUAACGGAGAGACUCCUUUGUCACUGGCCGUCCAAUCAGACCAGUCGGUGGGGGAGAUCAUUCGUCUGCUGGUGAUGGGGGGAGCGCACAUCGACUUCAGAGCCAAGGACGGCCUGACUCCCCUGCACAAGGCUGUCCGUUGCCAUGGCCACACCGCACUGCUGGCACUGCUGGCUCUGGGCGCGUCUCCGGACUACAAGGACCGUCGGGGGCUGACACCGCUGUACCACACUGUGCUGACAGGGGGCGACACCUCCUGCUGUGAAACGCUGCUCUACCACAGAGCCAGAGUAGGCAUACGCGAUGAGAACGGAUGGGACGAGACCCAUCAGGCCUGCCAAAAUGGCAACUCUCAGCACUUGGAGCACCUGCUUUUCUAUGGAGCGGACUCCAACUCCCAGAAUGCCUCAGGAAACACUGCCUUGCACAUCUGUGCUUUGUACAAUAAGGAGAGCUGUGCCCGCAUUCUGCUGUACAGAGGAGCCAAUAAGGACUCAAAGAAUAACAGUGGACAGAACGCCUUCCAGGUGGCGGUAAUGUCUGGCCAUUUUGAACUUGGAGAGAUAAUCAAAAACCACAGGGAGGCUGACGUGGUGCCCUUCGUGGAGUCGCCCAAGUACGCCCCCCAGAGGCGGGAGAGUGGGCGUACGCUGGCCCUGCCCCACCCGCACCCCUUCCUGCGGGCCAACAGCGACAACAGCAUGAACCUGCCCGACUGGAUGGCCUUCCCCAACGCCACCGGCUCCAACAUCGUGUCUGUGCAGGGGUAUAGACAGGGCACCUUGCGGAGCUCCAGCAGCCCGCGUGGGGCCCGAACUCGCUCUCCGUCCCGCGGGAGAGUGGUGGAGCGAGAUGACCGCAGCCGCCAGUCGCGCAGACAGGGUGGCGGGGGCUCCAUCAGUAGCCAGGGGACUGCAGGAGGAGGGGGCCAGCGUCGGCGUCUGUACAGCGCCGUCCCAGGACGCGUCUUCGUAGCCACGCGCUCACACACCGCUCAGGGGGAACGCGAAGUCAGCCUCAACAAGGGAGACAAGGUCAAAGUGUUGAGUGUGGGUGAAGGCGGUUAUUGGGAGGGGACGGUGAGAGGGCGCACUGGGUGGUUCCCCUCCGACUGUGUGGAGGAAGUGGCACUACGCAGCCUGGAACCGCGCUCAGAGAGCCGCAGCGAGAGGACCAAGAGGCUCUUCAGGCAUUACACCGUGGGCUCCUACGACAGCUUCGACGCGCCCAGUGACUACAUAAUAAAGGAGAAGACCGUGCUCCUGCAGAAAAAAGACAAUGAGGGCUUCGGAUUCGUUCUGAGAGGGGCCAAGGCCCAGACUCCCAUUGAGGAGUUCACUCCCACGCCGGCGUUCCCAGCCCUGCAGUACCUCGAGUCCGUCGACGAGGGAGGCGUGGCCUGGCGAGCCGGACUACGAAUGGGAGACUUCCUCAUUGAGGUGAAUGGGCAGAAUGUGGUUAAGGUGGGCCACCGGCAGGUGGUCAACAUGAUCCGGCAGGGUGGCAACAGCCUCAUGGUGAAGGUUGUCAUGGUAACACGCAAUCCCGACUUGGACGAUGGCACCCGGAAGAAAAUUCCCCAGCAGAGUAAGCGGCUGAGCACUCCAGCGAUAGCCCUGCGCUCCAAAUCCAUGACCUCGGAGCUGGAGGAGAUGGUGGACAGAGCUGCUACGCCAUGGAAAAAAAAAUCAGAGUUCGAAUCCUCCCAAGCCACAGAGAAGAAGAGGACAGUCUAUCAGAUGGCUUUGAAUAAACUGGACGAGAUUUUGGCGGCAGCUCAACAGACAAUCAGCACCAAUGAGGGGGGGCCGGGGGUUCGGGCUCAGGGCUCCAAACGGGAACGCGGACGCAGCUUCUAUGGCAAUGAGCCCAAUUACGACCAGUCGGGGAUGGGGAUGAUGUCGUCUGGGGCGGGGCUCGGUUAUGACCGGGGCCAGUUCGCCUCCGGCCACGGCCCUCCGCACGGUAUGCUGCGACAGAAGUCCAUCGGGGUGCCCGAGGAGGAGAAGUCAUAUCUCCACCCUCCGGCCAUGAAGUUCGCCCGCAGCCUGUCCGUCCCCGGCUCAGACGACAUCCCCCCGCCCCCGACCACGGCCAUGCCCGACCCCCCCUUCUCCUCGGCGCCCCCCGGGCUAGGCUGGAGGGGCAAGACCUCCCAGCAGGCCUCAUCGGCCGUGUCCGUAUCCCAGUCCACCGCCACCUCCGCCCACUACCAGCUCUACCAGCAGUCGGUGCCCUUCGGCCACGGCUCCAGGGAGAGGGGUGGUGGAGGUGGAGGUGGAGGUGGUGGCCCGCAGCCCGACCACCCAGCCGCCUACGCACACCACCAGGCCCCCACCCGGACCGCCUCCCGCAAGGUGCUCGGCUACCCGGGGGAGGUGUCCGGGAUGCCGCCGGGGGCCGGGGGGGGCAUGGGCGCCGGCAUGGGCCCUGGCGGUGGUGCGUCGGCCGCUGCCAAAGCGGCAGGCCUGAGGAGAGGCUACAGCAACGCCGUUCCACCCACGAGCAUCGCCACCGUCAUGCCCCAGCAGCAGCAGCAGCAGAUGCAGAGCGUCCAGAGCCAGACUGCGCGGGUGGCGGGAGAUGGCGGUGUGCUAAAGGGCGGUGCCCGGCGGGGACGGGGCCCUCUGGUCAAGCAGUCCAAGGUGGAGGACAUGCGCGCCGGACAGCUCGCUGCUCUGGCGGCCAAAGGUGGGGGCUCGGUGGAGAAGACCACCAUCUCGAUCCCCACCAUCAUAGUCAAGGCGCCCUCCACCAGCAGCAGCGGCCGCAGCAGCCAGGGCAGCAGCGUGGAGGCCGAGCCGCCCCCGCCCUCCGCCGUGGACGCAGACGGCACCCAGCCCCCGUCCGGCCCGCCGCCGCCAGCCCCCGUCACUCCGCCCGCGCCCCCCUCCAUGCCCGCGCCCCCGCCCCCGUCCAUGCCCCCGGCCCUGCCGCCCUCCCUGCCCUCCAUCCGGGCCCACGACAGCCUGGACUUCACCAGCCAGUUCGGAGCGGCCAUCGUCGGCGCCGCGCGCCGGGAUCGCGAGCGCUUCCACGAGGCACGCAGGAAAAGCGCGUCCUUCUUCCUCUCGGCCGAGGAGGACCUCGCCGGACCAGCCGCCCCCGGAGGAGGAAUGGGAGGAGGCAUGGGAGUAGGAGGAGGAAGGGGCGGCCAGCAGCAGCAGCAGCUGGACCAGCCCGGCCCUCGGCUGCGGCCCUCCAAGUCCAUCGAUGAGGGCAUGUUCUCGGGCGACACCUUCAUCCAGCACGCCCGCAGCAUGCCGCCGGCCUUCGGGCUGCCCGAGUACUCCACAUCGGCGCUGCCCACACAGCUGGGAGACUACCAGCCCAAGUCGGUGCCGGCAGACUUCUACGGCGCCGCCAACCUUCGGACACAGCAGCAACUCCAACAGCUCCAACAACAACAGCAACAGCAACAACAACAGCAACAACAAGCAGCACAGCACACCACCACCUUCAUCCACCCGCUGACGGGCAAGGUCCUGGACCCGUCGUCCCCUCUGGGCCUGGCGCUGGCGGCCCGGGAGCGCGCCCUGAAGGACGACACGCGCAUGCUGCGGCGCGAACGCACCACCGGCGGCAUGGUGGACUCGGGCCACCUCUUCUCGCGCCAGCUGUCCAACGUCGGGGCGGCCUACUCCUCCAUGGUGGCCGCGGGCACCGCCCCGCACCCGGUGCCCUCGUCGUCGGUGCCCUCGCACUCCCUGGGCACCUCCUCGUACCUGGUGACCUCGUCCUCGCUGGCGGCCACCACCACCUCCACGCGCCCGCCCUCGCCCCGGAUCCUGCGCUGGGGCGAGGACGGGGCAGGGGGAGCGGAGAGGGAGAGGGAGACCGCUGGAGGUGGAGGUGGAGGAGGAGGAGGGAGUACGGCUCCUCGGGAAGGGCUCAGGGUUCGCUUCUCGGAAGACAAGACGGUGCACACCACCACGCAUCACUACCAGGCGCAGGCGCAGCAGCCGCCGCAGCAGCCGUACCAGCCCAGUUACCGGGAGCAGAGGCAGAGGGAGCGGUCCCGCGAGAGGGACAUGGAGAGGGCGCAGCGCCUGGCCUCCCAGCAGCCCCGGAGGCCCUCCUUCCUGCGCAUGGAGAGCGAGGCCGGCUCCUACAUCUUGUCCCUCACCCCUCCCUCCCCGCCAGCAACCGCGGGCCAGGCAGGCGGAGGCGGAGCGGGAGCGGGAGGGGGAGCUGGCGGAGGGGGCCAACAGGGUACCGCCGCUGCUGCUGGUGGUGGAGGGUCCACGGCGCUCAUGGUCCUGCCGCCGCCGGCGCCGUCCGUGGACGCAGACGACGAGUUUGUGUUCGCCGACCCGCUGCCGCCGCCGCUGGAGUUUGCCAACAGCUUCGACCGGGGCGGCACCGGCGGCGCGGCGAGCGGCAUGAGCGCCUACGCUAGUCUCGUGGCCAAUAGUAUGGUGUCUAGGCAGCAGCAUGUCCCCCUGGCCCCUCCGCCCCCUCCCCCGCCCCCUCCUCCGCCGCCCCCGUCCCUGACCACCCACCCCCACCACACCCCGCUCCCGUCCCCCCAGGCCGGAGACUCCACCACCUCCAGCCUGACGUCCUACGACAGCGAGGUGGCCAACCUGACCCAGUCGGCCCCGUCGCCCAACUCCCCGCACUCGCCGUCCCACCACCACCACCACCACCACCAAGGCCACCCUUCGGCCGGGCUGCAGCCGUCUGGCCUGCCCCCGCCCCCUAGCGUCUCCCCGCCGCCCCCACCCACCUCGUCUGCCGGCUACCACCAACAGCAGCACCACCAACAGCACCACCGGUCCUACACCACGACGCAGCAGCCACAGCAGCAGACGUCGCACCACCUGUACAACAGCACCCAGCACGUGACGGGACGCGCCACCUCACCCACCCCUCCGCCCUCGCACGCCACCGUCAGCACGGUGCCCCCGCCCCCGGCUUACCGAAGCCCGUCGCCCGCCCCCGGCGCUGUGUCCGCAGCCUCGGCCGCCACACACCGGGGACCCUCGCCCUCCGCCGCCGGUCACCCGGCUUCUUCCACGGCAACUUCCGCCUCUGGCUCCUCCGAGCGCGACCGCCCCGGCACGGUGUCCACGGUAGCCACCGGUGGAGGGGGUCUGCGGAGGGGGUCGGACAACCGUGCACCUCCCCCCUCCGCUGCCUCCACGUCUUCCGGCAUGGUGGCCUCCUCCUUGUCCUCCAAGGGCAGCCUCGGGGGCGGCGCCGGGGGCAGCGAGUCCCAGGAGACGGUGGUGGACUCGGGCAUCGAGGAGCUGGACAGCCGCAGCAGCAGCGACCACCACCUGGACAGCAUCCUGGCCCUGAGCCGGGCCGAGCGGCUGGAGCGUGGCGGCGGCCUGCUGCCCAGCGACUCGGACCGCACCAGCACCGACCUGCUUGAGUCCUACAUGAGCUACCUGGACGGCCAGAGCUUCGACAUGCACAACGCCGCCAAGUCUGCCGCCGCCUCCGCCAGCGCGGCCACCUCCGCCACCGGGAGCGUCGCCGCCGGUGGCUCGGCCGCCUCCACCUACCCGAAAGUGCAGCGCUACCGCGAGGGCGUGGCCCGCCGGCAGACCGGCACGGCGCCCGCGGCCUACCGGCGGCGCGAGCAGCGUCAGGAGGAGGAGGAGGAGGAGGAGGCGGCCGCGGUGGCGGUCAUGGCGGCCAGGCAGCAGGCCGAAGAGGAGGCGGGCUACCGGCAACGCGAAGCCCAGAACCUCAGCCGCUCCUCCAUGCUGUACUACGAGCGGCCGCGCACCCCCGAGAUGAAGUCCAUGUGGGGCGACGGCACGGCCGGACAGGCCGGGGGGGUGCCGGGGGGCGCCGCUGACGCGGCUUCGCAGGGUUACAUCGAGGGGCGCAAGCUGCACCCCUCGAUGCCCGGCAUGAAGCCCAGCAUCAUCAACGAGCUGAGCAGCAAACUGCACGAGAGGAGCAAGGGCAUGGAGAGCUGGGGCAGCCAGCGGUCUCUCAACAGACACAGGUUCUCAGAGGACUCGACCGCCGCCCUGAGCCCUCCGUCGGUGCGCUCCCCGUCUCCGUCCCCCAUCUCCCACUCCCAGCCCUCCCUGGCCCCUUCUCCCACGGCCGCCUCCCAGCCGGGCGGCCACUACUCCAGCUGGGCGCGCUCGCCGUCCCCCCAGCCCCCCUCCGCGUCCUCCGGCACCAUCUCCGCCGCCGGCGUCGCCGCCUCCUCCGUCGGCCCGCAGCCGGCCCGCUCCCACUCCCCCAUCUCCCCCGGCGGCUACUCCCCGUACCCCACCUCCCCCAAGCACCGGCCCGUCUACCGCACCAAAGCGCUGGAGUUCCAGUUCAUCCCCAGCCGGGAGUCGCGCAAGGCUGAGUCCGGGCAGCGGCGCCGCGCCCCCAGCCCGCUCAUCUCCCCGUCCGAGCGGCCCAGGCUAGGUCCCCCGCGGCCCUCGUCCCUCCCCAUCCUGCCCACCACGCCGCUCUACAGCAGCCUCUACGACCUGCGCGGCUCCGUGACGCCCCCGUCCCCCGCCAACCCGCUGGGCGACCCGUACUUCUCCCCAUCGCCCCCGCUCUUCGCCCCGUCCGGGGCCCCGCCUCCGCCCAACGCCUCGCUGGUGGUCUCGCGCUCGCUCUCCCCGACCCACUUCCUGUCGGGCACGUCGUCGCCGCCCCUGCACUCCAUCGCGCCGCCCACCUGCCUCAGCUACCCGCACCUGCCGCCCCCCUCGCCCUCCAAGCCCUUCGCCUCCAAGCCGCUGCCCUACUGGACCAAGUACGACGUGGCCGACUGGCUGGCCUACCUGAACCUGGCCGAGCACCGCGAGCGCUUCCUGGACAACGAGAUCGACGGCUCGCACCUGCCCUCACUCACCAAGGACGACUACCUGGACCUGGGCGUCACGCGCGUCGGGCACCGCAUGAACAUCGAGCGGGCGCUCCGACGCGUCCUGGACAGGCUCUCCAGUAGUCCCUUCCCUGUCUCUGUUCUUUCUCCCCGUGAUGGAUCGACCGAGAGAAGGAGGGAUGAUGGAAUGAGAAGCUGAGGAAGAGUUGGGGGAAAAAAUGGACAAUGAAUUGUGUGUGUGUGUGUGUG